CUGUAUUGAUUCCUGAGUACACAGGAUGAUGGAUGCUUUUCUAGUGAGUUGUUGGAUGAAUUAGAGAUGUCCAUCCUCAUUGUAGCAGAGUGCUACUACUCAGCGAUGAAAGCCUCGCAUCUCUCUUGGUCUAAUGGGGUUUUAAGUACAACCCUUUAUGGAUGAUAAUGCAGAGUAAUGGUGAAAACUCUGGGAGGGCUGGAGUCUGGCAGACACUUUUGUGUGUGCACAGCAAUCCAGCAGGCAAUUUAGCCUGCACCUUAUGGUUCACUGUCGGUUUGAAGUUGAAGGAGUGUCAAUUAGCAAACAUCAAUUUUUAAUCUGCCCUUUAUUUUCAUGCUCAUCUUGCACACAUAGCCAAUUAUUGCCAUGGCAGCCUGAGAAAAUAUGCUCCAGGUCCUGACCCACUCUUGCUCAUCACAGUGCCCUGCCAAGAGUGUUUCUCCUGCACUGUGUCAGUUAGAAAUGUCGGUGUACUGUUGACUUUACAAGUGUCGUCGCUGAUCUGUGGUGAGGGGAAACCGUUUGGAUGUAUUUUGAGGUCCCUUAGGGGACUGCAGGGACUUGUGGGAAGAUGACCUGAUUUCUAAUUUUCUCCUCUCCUGCCUGGGCUGUGGGCUCGACACUGAUUCAAACGCAGAGAAGCCCGUGAGAAGAGUGACUAAAACGAUGCUACACCAGACCUAUUUGGAAUACGGUUUCUCUGUCAGUGUAAAUCUGGAUGUUUGGUUGAUGGAUACAGGCGUGGCUGUAAUUCUGCACUGGUAGAUUCAGGUGAGCAACCAUGGCUAACCUGCAGCAGGAAUACCCUGGAGUUCUUCUGGGGAUCCUGGAGGAACUGGCCAAUAUGCGCCAGUGGCUUACGUUCCAGGAUCUUUGUCGUAUGGUCAGCAGCCGCUUUGACCUCGAGCACCUUAUUGAGCUCAGGAGUUUGCUCUUUGCUGCAGCUAGCAGGGAUCCCUGUUUCCCAGCCACUCUGUUCAGGGACAGAGUUUCUACCAGAGGCCAGGGGCUAUCACCCAUAGGUGUCGCUGCUGACAUAGUAACUAUCUUCAAUCUUAUUCAGAUGACGGGUGGGGUCUCUGAAGGGAGCCAACCAAUGAGAGCUCCCACUGUCCUGCCUGUUGACCAGUCCCCAGGCCCCAGUCUGCCUGGGAUCCACCAGCUGAAUAUCCCUGGUCGAGAACGAGUACGCACCCACUCUGACUCCAGUGGCCAGCCUAUUGACCAGCACUUGCUUUUUCCAAAAUCAAAUUACUCAGCGCGGAAACGAGCAAGUCUUCCCCCGGAUCCUAUCUCACUUGUGUCCUCCCCCCCAAUAAGAGCGAGGGCUGUGUCUUUCGACUUGCCUCACACCACCCUUCUGUAUCCUAGCAGUCAAAUCUCUGACAACGCAAUGAAGAAUAUCUACCUACCCUUGGAAACAGACAGUGAGUCUAGUGGAGAUUCUGCCACCGUGGAGGUGUUUGAAGCUGAACAGGGAACAUCGGUUGACCAGAAGAGAAACAUCUUCAGGAAAGACUUCCACAACCAGCCACCUUUAAUACCCCAGGUCACUGUUAGCAGUGAGUCUCCCAGUCCCAACAAAGGGCAGAAAGGAUUCGAUAAUCUCAGCUUUGAUAUGAUCCCUAAUCCUUACCCAUCACCAACAGCAGUUUACCAGACUCCAGAGCAGCGAGUUAAACAUGAAAGCUUGGAUGACCUACAGGACUCAACGUAUUUCGGACCCGGCUCUAUCCCGGAGCCAUCCCCACGGCACCUUCAACCUCCUAGGACAAAAAAGCAUGCAUGGAGCAGUAAAAGUCACAGUCUAGAGGAUCGGCUAGGCCUAGACAGCAUUGGGAUGGGCAUAGAAUCACAAGGGGGGCAACUUCCAAGACGUUCAACCCCUGCUAUCAGUAGGGGCUUUGGGGGGUCUUCAGGAGGAGAGAGUGGAGAUAGUGGAUUGCCAGGUGGAGCUGAUGGAUUCAAAGCUCAGGCAACACAGACAGACCCACCGGACCCUCGGCGACUCCGUAGCCUUGUUCAUGCUGAUCGCCUCUCUUUUAUGACCUCAUUAGAUGACCCUGAGUUUGGGGAAGAUGACAUCAGUGCAAUCUUUCGUUUCUUAGAUGACAUUAGUAUGUGUGGUUCCACAGGAGUCCUGCACCCCAGUGAUAGCACCGCUAACCAGGACACCCCUGAGGCUAGACGUGGCCGGCUAGGUCAACUCCAGAGGCUCUUUCACUCUCUAGAAAGCAGUGACGAUGGGCUGAAAGCCAGUGUCUGUAAGUUACUGCUUCGUAUGAGCCAGAUAGAAAGACAACUAGAAUCGCUGAAUGAUGUGAAGUCUGAGAUUUCCCAGGUACUUUCUGCUUUACAGCGAUUAGAUGAAAAGAUCCAGCAGCCACCCGGAGGUGGCGGACAAGUUACAGGUGGGAGAUGGCUUGAACCUCUUAGUGGUGUCUCCUCUUUCAUGAGCCACCCUUUAACUCCUUCAGAAUCAUCAGAACCUCAACCUUUGUCUGCAUCUGGACAUCUGUUUCCCGCUACCAGCUCCAGUAGUCUGGACUGGAGCCGUUGGAAUACUCCAGGAGAUCAAACAGAAAGCAGCAAAGGUCAGGCAGAUUCAAAGGGCGUGAAAGAAGGGAAGAAGGAUGCAUCAUCUAGUCGUGCCUCUAAAACCCAGCCUGAAGAGAAAAGUGUCUCUGACUCCAAACAACUGAAUGUGUCUAACUCUGCAAGAGACUGGACUGUGUCAUUCUCGAAAAGUAAAGAUGGCAAAGCUUCACAAAGAAAAACCGGGCAGGCAGAUCAGUCGGGCAGCACCACUAACCUACUCUCCCAAAAGCCUGCCAGCCUGGUGGAACAAGUGUUUAACUCAUCCCUGUUCCACCACAAAGACAGCAGUCUCACAGGGGGGCUAAGCUCUGGAAAGGUCCUGGACCCUAGAUUGGCCGAGGGAAGGGGAAGACCAAUAUGGACUGUAGAUGACAGAGAAGCACGAAUCUCACCAUUGGACUUACAGGCUCCCGAGUCUCUGAACCCGAACAACAUGGAGUUCUGGAUGGACGACAUCUACAAUCCAGGCUACGAUGCUCUACUCAGGCGUAAAGAAGCUGAUCUCCGCCGGGCCAAGAUCUGCAAGCUGAUUGCACUCAUAGCCACUGCAGUGACUAUCAUUCUCAUCAUCGUUAUUCCCAUUUGCACUAUGGGCCAGUGAAGCCUCUUCCAGAAAACUCACUUUCUUGCCUGAUUUCAUUUAAUUUGUUAAUAUAUUUAUUUUCAGCAGCUAUGAGCUGUGCCUAGGACCAUAUAUGGGAUUCUUAUUGAGAUUAGUGGAGGAGAGACUGUGACUCUUGAGCGGGUUUGAUGAUCUGCGAAUGAUCAAUACCUCCUUUUAUUUCUCUGCAUGCACCAUCAUUAUUUAUUACUUCAGAAAUACAGGAGGAUUUUAACUGUUACUGGAAAUUACAUAUAGCCAUUCCCUCGUACAGUUACAUACACACUGUAAAUCAUCUCCCGUGCCAUUUUUUUCUCCCAUUUGCUAUGAUUUAUUUCAUGACUUAUGUUCCUACUAAACUGAAGCGACUGCAAAGGAAGUAACUAACUUUAAAGGUUUUAAACAGUUCUACAGUAACUGAUAGCAUAUGUUGAAACUAGUAAUACUGAGCCAAUGCAAAAGGAACUUUUUAUUUUUUUCCCCUCCUUUCGUCUGCACUUUUCUGAGAAACAGCACUGUUAAAAAAUGCAUUGUGAAUAUGCUUGAGCACUGAACACUGCCUGACUUGUUCUUGCUGUUCCCCUGAGAACAAACUAGGGCUUAUUUCACCUCUAUGUAAGAUAAUUGUUUCAUUAGUAAAUCAGAGUUUAACAUCUGUAAUUUAUAAAUAGAGUUGGAUUUCUUUUUAUAAUUAAGUUUAGUUUCAACAUUUCUUCUUGUACUUUAAAAGAUAUACUGCUCAUAAAAUGUUAAGUUAUUAAAAAAAUAAUAUUUUUAUAGAGUUUUCGCCCAUUUUCAAACUGUCUAAUCCAUUUUUGAAUGUGUCUGACUUGUGGAGCAGAGUGUUUACCAAGCGUCAGGUUUCACGAAAUGAAAGUUGUUGUUGUUUUUGUUGUCGUUCGUGAUGCUUUGGCUCUGGAGCAGUGAAAAAAGGAGGGAGCCCUUUCCAGUAACCGCUCUCUGAGUGGAUGAUUCCACUUGUAAUUUAAUUGAUGGGAUGUUUGGAGUCCACCUAUGCACAUUAUCUUUUCACAGUACUCACUUGCCAAUAGCUUUUCCACAUUUUUGCAGACUCACUUAGCAGAUUCCUCUGCUGUCCUUUGAAAACGUCCUGUGAACUAAGUAUGCUAACUUUUUGUCCCUGACUAAAGAAUACAUUGCGGCUGAUGUCAAAUCUGUUCAUCUAUAGUGGGAUACAACAAUAUAUCUCUGCAACAAAACUACCUGUGUAAAGCUUCUAUCUUUCAGCUUUUGCUGUCAGAGUGCUGUUGCUUGAACUCCAAAGUAAGGCUGUGAUGUAAUGUGCAGAGUUCCCUUUAUUGUGGUUAAAAUAUAAAGCACACUUACAGUAGACUGUAAUCUAAUACAUCCUCAUCGGAAACCACAGCCUUUCAAUGACCAGAUAAUUGAAUUAAAUACACCACCUCAACAAAAAUGUAACAUUGUAAGCUGCUCAACUUCAGUAUUUUUCAGGACUAAUUGGAUUGCAUUGCAUCUUUUAGGUGCACAUCUUCCUCUGAUGUGGAUUGGACAGUUGUCAUGCCAUAAAAACUUCACUUUACACAGGAUGUAUAGAGAGAGUGAGUCGUGCUUCAGUGUAUGGGCCUAAGUAGAUGCACUAUAUACCUGCCAAGUGCUCCCCAUGAGGCUGUUUGUGGAUCCAUUACCUUUCCAAUGGUGCCAGUGAGAAGACUUAACUCAGCACAAUCUGCAGGGUGCUUCCUUUCAAACUUCUGUGCAUUAGACCAUCCUCAUACUUUUUUAGUCUUGAAAUGCACAUAACACUUUUGUUUGUAAUGUCGAUAUUGUUUUUGUAGUAUCCACGCAACUUUUAGACAGACAGAGGAAAUCUGUAAACUUGUUAUUCGAGUAAACAAUGCCUAAAAAAGAAAACUUGAUCGCGAAUGUAAGAAAAACAUGUCACCAUACAGUUUUCUGGUGUGCAAUGCUUCAAUGAUGCAAGGAUGUUUGUUGACUUGCCUGUCUGCAUAAACUCAUUAAAAGGGGUGUGUGCCUUUUACAGCAGUUUGUCUGA